AUGUCUAUCACGAAUCUUUCAACCGAGUUACUACAGAAUAUAUACGAAUGUUGCGACCUCAUUGAUAUCCUCCAUCUAUCCCAGACCUCCAGAAAGAAUCGCGAUGCGCUGCGUGGACAAUAUAUACCCCUCCUGAGACGAGCUUUGGAUGAUGUAUACGGUCCAAUUCCCGGUUUGGUGAAGUUGGUUAUUAGCGAUGAAUCAAAAGCUCGCAGCGUGAUCGGCACAGGCAUCCGUCGAAAUGCUGCUGUCGAUCGUAUCCUACAAGUUUCCGAUGAGCCUCAUCUUUCAAUCCAGCUAAUGAGCAAGAUGAUAAAGUUUGGCAGAGUUGCUUCUAGAUGGGUCGAAAUCUUUCCACAAUUUAGAUGGCGUCACGAUUACCAAAACAGGAGGUUUCUUUGGCCCCAUGAGCAGCGGCGUCUACGCCGAGCUAUCUAUCAUUAUUGGACAUACGGCAAUCUGUUCCAUGACAGAAUCUACAACCAAUUCGACCAGACUUCCCCGUCUGAGGAUACCUCAAAUGAUCCUCGUCUACGUUUGAUGACUUCGUAUACUACAAUUGAGAUGGUGCAGCUCAAUGAGUAUAUACAGCAUGUGGUCAAGCUUAUUGAAAUAGAUCUUUAUCCUUCAGAUCUGGUCAUUCAAUCUCAACACAAUUUAACGUCCCAUGAGGUUGAGAAAAUCGCUUGGGGAUAUGGUGAUCAGUAUCGAGAUCUUGUGAAAGACCUUCUCAAAUAUACCCCUUUAGAUCUUGUCUAUCUUUAUGAUCAAACGUCCACCAAGUUGGAAAGGGCGGAAUAUAUGUUUACUCAAGGCUUUGCUUUCAACAACGCUCCGGCAACCUUAGACCAAGCCUUGACUUGUGUUACCCAGAGGAGACGAAGCCAUGCGUUCGACUCGAAGGACUUCAGCAGUUCACACCCAUUUGCAACACAUCAAUUCCAUCUUGUGAUGUAUCAAUCUCACGAUUCAUGUGUACAGGGAGAAAAUGUUAAGUUUGGCAUAGCUGAUCAUCCUGAUGAGGAAAGCUACUCGAAUGAUCACCUAUUCAACAAUGAUGGGGAAAUUGUCCUUUCCGGUGAGAUGGUUGAGAGAUGA